ACCGAGCGGGUGGCGCUCAGGCUCGGAGCGGCCGCGGCGGCCGCGCCAUGGACUCAACCCCCGAGGACUACGAGCUCAACGGCGAACUGCGCCUGGACUCGCCCGGCUCUCCGGACCCCUCGCCGCUGCGCGGGGGCAGGAACAGGCCCAUCAACGUGAACCACUAUGCCAACAAGAAGAGCGUGGCGGAGAGCAUGCUGGACGUCGCCCUGCUGAUGGCCAACGCCUCACAGCUGAAGGCCGUCAUCGACCAGGGCCCCAGCUUCAGCUUCUUCCUCCCUAUGGUGGUCCUCAUCUCCAUCUCCCUGGUGCUGCAGAUCUGUGUGGGGGUGCUGCUCAUCUUCCUGGUCAGGUACGACCUCAACAACCCGGCCAAGCACGCCAGGCUGGACUUCCUCAACAACCUGGCCACCGGCCUCGUCUUCAUCAUCGUCGUGGUCAACGUCUUCAUCACCGCCUUCGGGGUCCAGAAGCCCGUACUGGACUUGGCGCCCCGGCAGUAGGGCUCAGAUGCCUGGACUGUGCCCAGCCACAGCCACAGACCCCAGAAGUUGCCUUGCCCCUGGGGCCCACCUGCAGGUGCUGCACCCCCUAAACCUGCCAGGGCCCAGGACUGGACUGGAGGACACUUGGGCCAGGGUGAGGCCAGCUCUGUCCUCGGCCACUCUGCCUCCCCGAGCACCGAGCAGCAAGUCCCAGAAGGCAGAGUGGAGAUCCCCAAGCAGGGUCAUGGCCACCACAGACACGCAGCAGGUCUGAGGAUGGGUAGUGAGAGGCCAGGGCCAGCCUUGGUCUCAGGACAUUUCCGGAAGGACGAGGAGAUGCCCCCCAUUCAGCCAACACGCCCCUUGGGGGACCCGUGGCCUCUGGCCCUCCUGACCGGGGACAGCGGACCAGCAGCUCCCCGUGUGGCCGCCCACCAUGGCCGGGGCCUCCGCACACCUGCCCCACUCCCCUAGGCACGAAGGGCCAGCGCAGCCGGUGCUCCGCCUGCCACGGUGCCUGGCACCUCCCCCGCCCUCGGCCUGGCCCCUGGCCUCCCCUGCUGGGCCUUUGCCAGCCCCCCCACUCAGGGUUCCCCCCUCUCAGGGCAGCCGCGGGGACGUGGGCUGAACCUCAGGUGCCUUCUCCAGAGCCACGAGCUUGGGCAGCUCCUUGGCGCCUGCCAUCUCUGUCCGAGUUUCGGGCGGAGACCAGGGUCUGGGUCCCCCCAGGGUCGUCACUCGCGCUGUGGAGCCCUCCUGCGUGGACCUCGCCCAGCGGGGCUCGCUGUGCUGACUGCCGCAGACUUCGGCGCCCUGACCCGUGCCCCUGGUCAGAGUGAAUGUAGCUCUGGUACGCCGAGGUGGCAGGUUCAGUUCCCGGCCGGCCGGGUGCGCGGGAGGCCACUGGCCCACGCUUCUCACACUGCGUUUCCGUCUCCCUCCCUUCUCUCUGAGAUCAAUAAACAUAUCCUCUGGU